UAGAUAAAAACAAUUUGAACAUCAACAAGAACGACCCUAAAGUCAAACGAGGAACCAACUCAAUGACUACUCGCUGGGGAUCGUCGAUUGUGAAUGGGGUAGCAGGGGAAGAGAGACAAAUAAACAGAGAGGAAGAGCGAGCGAGAAAGAGAGCGGGGCCACUGAUAGAAAACAGAAAUUGGAACGCACCAUCGCCCCCGCCGACUGUUAGGUUCCGUGUCCGUUCAUGAUUCCACGAUCGGCAGACGGCAGCAAAGUUAAGUUCUCUGUGUAUUGUCAGUGCAAACGCGACCCUCCGACAGGCAGGCAGCCAGGCGACCCAGCGACGGAUCCACAACAUAUCUAAAGUACAAUUCAAUCAAUUAAUUAAUUAGCUAAGCCAAAGCUGAAAGAGCGAGCAUGAAGCACUGCGUUUGCCUGGCCAUCGGCCUGCUGGCACUGUUGGCUGCCACCAGCUGCACAGCUCUGCCCAUGGCCAACGAGGAGGAGCUCGUCUCGCUGGACUCCAUGGAGCAGGGCCAGCCAGGCCAAGCACACGCACAGGAACUGCCGCACAUCUUGAAAAUAGCGCCGAAACAACAGACGAACGAGGAACCGGAGCCAAUCAAGAGCAACGUCUACGACACCAUCGUCGAGCAGCUGCGCGCAGCGGGCGUAAACACGUCCGAGCAGAAGCCCUUGAAUACGCUUAGCUACAAGGAGCUGACACGCCUACUCGCCCUGUGGCACAUGGCCCAGGGACGCAACUACUACGAGGCCGGCAACAAUCGCGCCCAGCCAGAAGCAGAACUGGAGCCGGAGCUGGAGGCAGAGGCAGAGGCGGAAGUUGAGCAAGUGAAUCACGAUAGGCGCAAAAAGAAAUCCAAUUCAAAGGUUGCAGCUCACACAGAUGCGGAGGAGGAGCCCGAAGGCGUCAGCAAGCAGAAGCCAGCUUCGAGCUCAUAUUCAACAGAGGUAAAAGAGGAGCCCCUUGCCGCCGGCGGUGAGCAGCAGCUAUCCAUUAAGCAAGAGCGGCAGCGCGCUGACAGCAUCAAGGUGGAUGAGGACUAUGAGACGGAGGCCGCAACAGCAGAUCUGUUUCACAGUGCCGACGAGGAAGAAGACGCUGACGAGGAGAGCGAGCUUGAUGAAGAGGACGAUGAAGCUGAGGAUGAGGAGGAAGCCAAUGCUGAGCUCGAUGAGGACAACCCGAAGCUGACUCAAGUGGAAAUCGUGCGGGAGUAUUUGCAAAAGCCGACAAAGGGCAAGCAGCGACGCCGACGACGCAAACAGACGCAAAGCGAAACGGAAGCAAAUCCAGAGAAUCGUUGCGAUGUCUGCUUGCGCACCUUCUCCCGCCAUUGCCAUUUGUUGCGCCACAAGUUGUCCCAUCUGGAGAAGAAGCCGCACAGCUGUCCGCAUUGCCCCAAGGCCUUCGCGCGCAGCGAUCAUUUGAAGGCGCACGUCCAGAGCCUGCACGGCAAUAAGGAGCACAAGUGCGUGCUCUGCGAUGCGGCCUUCACCCGUGCCGAUGCCCUCGAUCGGCACAAGAUGAGCAAGCACAAUGGCGAGGGUCUCGACGCCAGCAAUGAGCUGAAGCUCCAAAUGAGCGAGCACACGUGCGAGUACUGCUCAAAGCGUUUCUCCAGCAAGACCUACCUGCGCAAGCAUACGCUGCUCCACACGGAGUUCCUAUACGCGUGCAAGAGCUGCGACGAGACGUUCAAGGAGCGGCAGCAGUUGCGUAGCCACGAGAAGACCCACACUGGUCAGCGGAACUUCCUCUGCUGCAUUUGCGGCGACAGUUUCGCACGCAACGACUAUCUGCGCGUCCAUAUGCGACGGCACAAUGGCGAGAAGCCAUACAAGUGCCGUUACUGCAUCAAGGCAUUUCCACGCGCCACAGAUCUUAAGGUACACGAGCGGUACCACACGGGCACCAAGCCCAAUCUGUGCAACACCUGCGGCAAGAGUUUCCAUCGUGCCUACAAUCUGACCAUACAUAUGCGCACCCAUACGGGCGAACGUCCGUACAAGUGCGAUCAGUGCCCCAAGAGCUUCAGCCAGAGCAACGAUCUGAAGGCCCACAUACGACGGCAUACGGGCGAGCGGUACAAGUGCCCCCACUGCGAUGCCUACUUCCUGCAGCUCUAUCACAUGCGCAACCAUUGCCUGAGUGCCCACAACAAGCACAUUGAGACGAAGACGGGUCGGCUGCAGCGCACCGGUCUGCUGGACGAGCCCAAUAACUCGCAUCUGACCACGGUCGUUAUGCCGCCUGCACGUUACCAGCAAUCGACGCCCGAUCCGCAGCCAAUGGCCACUGUUACGACCCAGCUGCCAGCGGCGAUUGCCACGCCCAUAAUGCAUUCGCCGGUGGCCUAUAGUACAACGUCGCCAGUGCCGGUGCAGGUGCCCGUGCCCGUGCCCGUAUCCGUGUCCGUGCCGCUGGCCGAUGCAAGCGGAUUCGUUGGUGCAACGACAAAUGCAACGAGCACAACUGCGACGGCACCAUUUGGCACCUUCAGCAUAGCGCCUGUCGUGAUGGCGCAUCUGAUGUACAAUCAUGGCGGGAACAGUCAACAGAGCAAUGCUAGCAAAUAGCCGUCGUUGCCCCAUAAAUUAAUCAAGCAAUUCCAAUCUCAAAAUAAAAAGUUGACCUUGUAUAUAUGUAUGUA